AUGGCAGUGGCUUUGCUUGCUGACAUUGAGAGCAACAAGCGGCCCAAACAUGGUGGUUCUGUGCCGGGGCGUGUGGUGGUUUGUCAGGAUAGGCAGCUGGACCAUGCUAGGCUUGUGGAGCAUUACUUUGCAGAGGUCCCCGUGUAUGGCGAGGCUACCUUCAGGCGACGGUUCAGAAUGUCCAGGGAGUUGUUAUUGCGCAUUGCAAAUGCUGUGGAAGCCCAUUGUCCAUACUUCAAGCAGAAGAGGAAUGCAGCUAGGGUACUUGGACACAGUGUUUUGCAGAAGAUUACGACAUCAAUGUGCAUGAUCUCAUGUGGUGUCCCAGCUGAUUCAGUGGAUGAUUACCUUCGAAUUGGGGAGAGCACCCCCAUCUUGAGUUUGAGGAAGUUGGUGAAAGCUGUGAUUGAGAUCUUCGGAGGGGAGUACUUGCGAGCACCAACUACAGAGGACACUGCAAGGCUUAUGGCAAUUGGUGCAGCAAGAGGGUUCCUGGGGAUGCUUGGAUGCAUCGAUUUCAUGGAUUGGAGGUGGAAGAAUUGCCCUACGACAUGGCACGGGCAAUUCAAUGGGCAUUUCCAUGAUCCAACCAUCAUUCUUGAAGCUGUUGCAUCCCAUGAUUUAUGGAUUUGGCAUGCAUACUUUGGGUUACCUGUGUCUCGCAAUGACAUCAAUAUCCUACAAUGA